AUGCCCUGGUCGCCCCGCGCCGUGCUCUUAAGGGACCUAGUCCUUGGAAUAUUGGGCACCCUCGCCUUCCUGAUCGACCUGGGCGCCGAUGUGUGGGCCGCGAGCCAGUAUGUGCUCAGCGGUCGCUACCUGUGGGCCGCGCUGGUGCUGGCGCUGUUGGGCCUCGCCUCGGUCGCGCUGCAGCUCUUCAGCUGGGUCUGGCUGCGCUCCGACGUCUCCAUCCCGCUCGCGCCGAAGCCCCCUGGCCGGUACCUGGCGCUGUUGCAUCUCCUCCAGCUGGGCUACCUGUACAGAUGCGUGCAGGGGCUGCAUCAGGGGCUGCUGGUGUGGCGGCAGGAGGUCCCCUCCGAAUUCGACCUGGCCUACGCCGACUUCCUCUCCCUGGAUAUCAGCAUGCUGCGACUCUUCGAGACCUUCCUGGAGACGACGCCGCAGCUCACCCUGGUGCUGGCCAUCAUACUGCAGAGUGGCAGCGCCGAGUACUACCAGUGGGUCAGCAUCUGUACGUCCUUUGUGGGUAUCUCGUGGGCACUGCUCGACUACCACCGGGCCUUGCGCACCUGCCUCCCCUCCAAGCCUCUCCUGGGACUGGGCGCCUCCGUGAUCUACUUCCUGUGGAACCUGCUGCUGCUGUGGCCCCGGGUGCUGGUCGUGGCCCUCUUCGCAGCCCUCUUCCCCCGCUACGUGGCCCUGCACUUCUUGGGUCUGUGGCUGGUGUUCCUCUUCUGGGUCUGGCUGCAGGGCACGGACUUCAUGCCAGGUCCCCACUCUGAGUGGCUGUACCGGGCGACCAUGGCCACCAUCCUGUAUUUCUCCUGGUUCAAUGUGGCGGAGGGCCACACGCGAGGCCGUGCCACCAUCCACCUGGUGUUCUUGCUUCACGACAGCCUUCUCCUGGUGGUGGCCUGGGCGACUCAGAGUGCCUGGCUGCCCAGCGGGCACCUGCUGCAGAGCCUGCUGCCUGCAGCCGGGGUCUGCUUCCUUCUGGGGCUGGCUCUGCGGCUGGCCUACUACUGCUGGCUGCACCCUAGCCGCCGCUGGGAGCCCGACCAGGUGGACGGGACCAGGGGUCUCCGCUCCCUUGAGGAGUGUCAGCUCCCGCAGAACAGACGCAUGGCCCAGCUGGCUAAGAACUUUUUCCCCAAGGCAAGGGAUGAAGCUGUAUUACCAUGGAAGGGAGAGGUGAAUGGUGUCCUUUGA